CGUUAUUUUCAAAAAUCCGCGGUUUGCAUGCAGGGGGCGGGCACGGAAAAGACAACCGGAAAUUACGUCCCAUUAUUAUUCUUCCGCUUACAAAUUACCCAAAUUAUUGUUUUAGCCCAAGAAAACACCGUGUUUCCUUGCAGAAUAUCAGAUAGUGCACUCUCCCUGUUAAACGUCGAUCUACAUAAUGAUAUACAUAAUGUACAUAAUGCACAAUGUUUUUGCUGCAGCGAUGUCCCACCUUGUGGUCAAUGUAAGGAAGUUAAGAUAAAAUGAGCUGAGCCGCAUCCCGUCCAAAACACUGUGUGUAACAACAUUAUAUUGUUGCCAGUGUUGUGUAUACAGGUGCUCUGAUUAGAAUGGGAAGAUAACUGAAUGCUGACGGAUGCACUCAAUGAACUCUGCUGUGCCAUGUGCCAGAUGGGCUGUGUUUUUCUCUUGCAGCAUUAUAGGAAGCCCAUUUAGUUGCUACGUUCACUGAGAAUGAGAAUAUUAAUGAGGCUGAAAGGAUCCAGCGGGUUACGCGGGGAACUGUCUUCCUUCGUGUGUACAAUGGCUAAUAUUUAACAAUUGUAAAAGCAAUGUUCUGUAAAAAAUCUAAUGUCUACACAGUCCGGGUGUAAACAGAUUUUGUAACAUGUCUUAAAAUGCUGAGCUCUAAUGGCUUGGGAACAUUAUUUUCUUUUGGGUUCAAAGCAAAGAUCUUGCAGUUGUUGCCAUGGCUUCAUUGAAUGAUUUAUGAUGCCAGGUUCAUAUAAAGUGAUCUGAUGUUUAGAGGGGGCUCAUGGUGCUUUGACUGGCAUUGAGCUGUUGCAGUUGCACACAGAGAGGGAACCGCAUGGAUUUUGUCUACAGCUUUGGUGUGCUGGUUAUACAGUACCUGCAGAAAAACUACAGGCAAUACCAUGACUUUCUUGACUUCAUGUCAGUUGUGGGUGACCCUCGUAAUAUUUUCUCUGUCUAUUUCCCCAUAUGGUUCCAUCUCAGUCACAAUGUUGGCACUAAGAUGAUUUGGGUGGCUGUCAUUGGAGACUGGUUCAACCUUAUUUUCAAAUGGAUUCUAUUUGGGCACCGACCUUACUGGUGGGUGCAAGAAACUCACUUCUACCACAAUGAUUCAAUACCACAUUUGGAUCAGUUUCACAUAACAUGUGAAACAGGGCCAGGUAGUCCAUCUGGUCAUGCUAUGGGCUCAUCAUGUGUGUGGUAUGUGAUGAUCACCUCUGCUCUAAACUUUGCUCGGCCCCCCCGUGUCUCGUCUGUACGAAGCUUUCAAAGGUUUUGUCUUCUGAGGUCCUCCUUGUGGAUGGCUUUCUGGGUCAUUCAAAUAAGUGUUUGCAUCUCCAGGGUUUUUAUUGCAACACACUUUCCACAUCAGGUUGUCCUUGGUGUUUUAACUGGCAUGCUGGUUGCUAAGGCCUUUGAUCACAUCCCAUCAGUCUACAAUGCAAGCUUGAAAGUGUACCUCCAAACCAACAUUUUUCUUUUCUCUUUUGCUGUUUGCUUUUAUCUGCUCCUCAUACUUAUGGACAUUGAUCCCUUGUGGUCAGUCACCAAAGCCAAGAAGUGGUGUGCCAACCCAGACUGGAUCCAUCUCGACACUACACCUUUUGCAGGUCUGGUUAGAAACCUCGGAGCCUUGUUUGGUCUGGGCCUCGCAGUGAACUCUGAGAUGUUUGUUCAGAGUUGUAAAGGAAAGAAUGGCUACAAAACCAUAUUUAAGCUCAUGUGCAUGACUACAACUCUCACAUUUCUGCAACUGUAUGACUUUAUUAAAAUGCCCACACACAGUGAGGCUCUGUUUUAUAUAUUGUCAUUUUGUAAAAGUGCUUCAAUACCUUUUGGUGUGGUUGCUGUUAUUCCUUACUGUGUUAAUUUGCUUAUCAGAGAGCAUGAGGAGAGGAAGCUAGCCUAGAUUGUGGAGCAAUUGUGAAGUUUUACAGCAUUGCACCCAACGCUUAUUAAGGUUGUGAGAGAGGUUGAAGGGUCCUGUGUGUGUGUGUGUGUGUGUGUGUGUGUGUGUGUGUGUGUGUGUGUGUGUGUGUGUGUGUGUGUGU